AGCCAUAGUUGCUGGCUGAAAUCCAAAACCCGUAAUGGCGACCCCCAUGAAGAUGAACGACGCCGCAUCGGCGUUAGAGGGGCAAUGGACCAAGAGGCUCACCGAGUAUCGGUCUCAGUACGAGCGCGUGCGAAAGUUGAUCGACGUCGAAAGCGGCUCCGACCCGGCGACCGAGCCAUACCGCUCCAAGUACGAAGCGAGGCGCAUCCUCAAGGAGCUCCUCGAAGACCUGAACCGAGGGGAGUUGGGCGAUGCGCCGCGCAAGGACUUCAUCCGCGCACUCGCCAAGUACGAGCUCGGAGUCAUCGCCACCGACACCGAAGAAGUCUCGCUCGGUCAGGAGUACCUGGAAGAAUGCCUUCGGAUCGUUGGGGAAGAGAGGUACGCGAAUCCAGAGAGCCGACUGACCGUCGUGUGCGCCCUCAACCAGCUCGGUAUCGUUCACGUCAGGCGCGGAGACGCGACCAAGGCGUUGGAGUUCCUGAAGAAAGCCGAGGCUAUUUACGCCAAGGUGAGCGCCUCGCCCGAGGAGGUGGCAAGGACUGUAAACCCGGUGGACCUCUUUCUUCCCGACGCUGCGGCCGAACAAGUCCAGGAGGCUCAACACGAACCUAAAAACCCGAACUUCGAACUCGCGAAUGCCCAUACGCUCUACUACCUGGCACAAGUCUACGAGAACCUGGGCGAGAAUGCCAAGGCCGCCAUGUAUUGUCACAGCACCCUGAAGAAGGAGCUGACCCUGGACAACUUUGACAGCAUCGACUGGUCUAUCAAUGCCGCCACGCUGUCUCAGUUCUUCAUCGCCAGGGGAGACUUCGCGGCCGGCAGGCAUCUCCUGGCUUGCUCGAGCCACGUCCUCAAUGAGUACCAAAAGAAGCUGGACGCCGAGACGGGGACUACGCCUGAGGAGAAGGCUGAGAAAGAGGACAAGCUGCGACACAGGUUCGCGGACGUGGCCCGCUGCUGGGCAAAAUACGGCCUCUUCCUGUUGAUAGCGUCUCGGGAACAGUUGGAUUCCAAGAAUAUCAGCGCUAAACCUAACAGCUUGGGAGCAGACAAGAAGCCGCACGUCUUGAUCAAGCAGGCGGAGGUAAGCCAUAUAGAGGAAGACAUCACCGACAAACUCGUCACGGAUUUCGAAGGUGCCCGACCCGUCUUUCUCAAAUCGCAGAAGUGGCUGGAAGAUGCGAAGACCUAUUACACCCUCAAGGAUCACGCUACCGACUACGUCGAGAUAGUCCAGGAGAUGAGCAAGCUUUACAGGGAGCUCGCUUCCUUUGAGCCCGCACCGGACCGGAAGUGCAAAAUGCACAAGAGACGCAUUGACAUGCAUGAGGAGGUCCUCAAGGAAGUCAACCCGCGGUACUACCUGGGAGUCUGCCGCCAGAUCAUGUUUGAGCUCGGCGAGGUCUACAGCGAGAUGAUGAGUUUGAAGUUGGCGGCCCUGCCUCCUGCCGUCAGCCCGCAGACGCCGGCUGUCAAGAAGGUGAACAGUAUCAUCGACAAGGCGAUUCGGCACUACACGUCAUUCAUCGACACGGUCAGGGAUUCCGGAGGCAAGCUUCCAGAGCCACUUCCAGAGGACCUCGCACGUCCAGUCCUGGUGGCGCACUUCUACAUCGGCCGUCUCUACUCCAGCAUUAUUGCGCAGGAACCGAGAGAGCAGUUUGCAAACUUCGAGAAGAUCAAGGAACAUUAUGAGCUUGUUCAGGAGUACUGCAAGAAGGUUCCGGAACACGAACAACUAGUCAAGGACGAGCUUCAGAUAAUGGGCGAACUGUUGCAGCUCAUUCCGGCGAAGCUGCAGCAGAUGAUGAGCACGACGCUUUACUGAUCUAAAUUUUGCAUGACGGCCAAUCUACUGGUGGGCUAUUAAUAAUUGUACAUUCUCUUGCUCGCUUUCGUAAAGCUUGCAUUCUAUAGAGCUGCCUUCCAGAGACCAGUGCUAUCUGUAUUUGUACACAUAUGGCACCUCAAAUGAACCCCUGGUAGAUCUGCGGUGGCUCAGUAAUGUGGCCACGGAAGCCUUGUUGCUCGUUCACAACAAACACAAUGUACAUAAACAUAGCUCUAUAUUAGAGGUUUUGUUGAGCCCCUAAUUUAUGUAUGCUGCUGUGUGAUUUUUGUGUGUAUUUAAUAAUAAAUUGUCUCACUGAAGAUCUCACUGAAAA